CUACGGACUCUUCUUUCUACUUAAGCUAUUAUUUAUCUACAACCCUUUCACUUCACCACACCCUCCCACCACAACACACACCCAGAUCCCUCCCUUCCCCCUACCAAAGGGAGAAACAUCAACACAAUGGGACUAACCCGCCCCUACCUCCUCCUCUACAACGCCCUCUCCCUCACCCUCUGGGCAACAUGCACCAUCCGCGGCCUCUCCCUCCUCCCAUCCACCAGCAUCUCCAAGAUAUUUAAUGAUGUCUACCCCACCCUCCUAACAACCCAAUCCCUCGCCCUCCUCGAGAUCCUCCACAGUCUGCUCCGUCUCGUCCGCGCCCCGGUCCUCACUACCGCUAUGCAGGUCGCCAGUCGCAUACUUCUCGUUUGGGGGAUCAUGUAUCCGUUCCAGGGCGUUAUCGUGGGUGGAAGUGAGGAGGCGGGGCUUGGUGACUAUGCAUUCCUGGGUUGUUUGAGCGCGUGGGGUGUUACCGAGUGUAUUCGCUAUGGGUUCUUUGCGUUGCAGUUGUCCGGAGUGGGUGUGCCGGGGUGGUGGGCUUGGUUGAGGUAUAAUACGUUCUAUGUGCUCUAUCCGCUGGGUAUUACGAGUGAGUGCGUUAUGGUGUUUAAGGCGUUGGGCCCGGCGGGGGAGUUGGUGAGUCCGCUUUAUAAGUGGUUUUUGGUCGCGGUGUUGGGGAUUUAUGUUCCUGGAUCGUAUAUUUUGUAUACGCAUAUGAUUGCACAGAGGCGCAAGGCAAUGAAGAAGAAAUAAGUGCGUGCGUUGUUUGGUUGGUUGAGUGAAGAUAAAGGGCGAUGUGAAGGGUAGAAGAGAGGGUAGUAGAUGUGCGCGAUGGACAUAGU